CUGAAGAAAUUCAAUAAUUGUUUGGGAAAUGUUUAUUUCUAUCUAAAACUACUUAAAAAUGAAAAUAGAAUAAUUUAAAAUAUGAUUUUAAAGGAAAAUUACGAAUUUUACAACAUUUUUAAAUAGUGAAAGAGAAAAAAUGGCUUUGGAUCAUAAAAAUAGUGAUGUAUUUGGUCUUGUUACUCAAUUAUGUGAACAUUUAAUUGAAAAACAAUGUUUAUUAGAAGAUCAUCAAUGUUAUUCAACAGAUAAAAAUUCUCUUCAUCUUUUAAAAAGAAUGAGAUCAAAAGCAUUUGAGAUUCUUCUUAAUAAAACUAAUUAUCGUUUGGAUAGUGAUAAAAAGUAUGAUCCAAUUGCUGAGCUUUUAAAAUAUUCCUUUAAACUUAAAGUACAAUUUGGUCGUCGAUCACAGGCUAAAGAAUUAGAAAAUUUAUUGGACGAACUUCUUGUAAAUACAACUGAGGAAACAACAUCAUUUGUUUCUUCAAUUUUGAUGCUGUUAAAUGAAUUAAAAGAUUCACACAUUGAAGAUGAAGAAAGCCUGAAUAUCUUUAACUGCGGCAAGGCGAAUCCUCUAUUACCCGAAGAACUUUGCAAUGAGAAUGAGGUUUCUUUGUUUCAAGUUUAUCCUCUCGAAGCUUGCAAAUUACCCAGUAAAUUUGAAACAGUUCUUGGAGUUAAUCGAGAAAGUAUUAUUAAAGAAAGUGCCGCAAUUCCGGGAAGCAAUCUUUUACUUUUAAAUCAAUUUACAUCAAAUUGUUCCGUUGAUAUUCAAUCAAUUGGUUAUCAAAGUAAACGAGGAUCUGUUACUUCUACUCCGGGAUGUAUUUCAACAUUUUCUCGAGUCAUGGGUUUCUCAAUGGGUUCACAUUUUCUACCUCAGAUAAAUGAAAAUACAAGAGGAUUUUUAGAGGGUAUACAAUCGAUAGAGGGAAUAGUAACAGAACCUGAAUCGCCAUGGCCACCUGUUGAACAAAUUAACAAUGAUAUUCAAAGUGCUUCAGAUAUUUGGGACGAACAAAUAUCAAAUCAUUCUCUCAAUAAUAUAGAUGAAAAUUUAAAGAGUUUGGAUAUUUGGGAGAAUGUUCAUGAAAUUCCUCCUGUGAAAUAUCCACGUACUUGGGAAAAUUUAGGAAUUGUCGAAUCAAUAAAAGAACCAUCAUUUCUCUCAGAAUCGAAUGAAGCUGUUUUACAUUUAGCUAAAUUGAAACAAGCUGGCAUUUUACCUUUACUUUCUGAAGAAGCUCUUCUAUCCACGCCUUUAAUUACUGAAAUUUCUGCUUUAACUUUUCUCAAGGAUAUUAAAUUAUUGCUUCUUGGUGUUGAAUCAAAUUCUUUUUGUUACGAUCCAGUGGAGGGAUUUAGUUUAAAGAAAAAUUUAGCUAUUUGCGGUAUUAGUCCUGAGUCACUUGAAAAUAUUUCCUAUGAAAUUAUUCGAUGGGGAACUUGCUUUAAGGCUUUAACUAAUUUAGUAACACCUGAUCCAAAUUCUGGUAAAUUACAAGUUGGAGGCCUAAUUUUCAAGGCGAUGUGCGAUAGUGUAAAAGAAUUUUUACUCUACUAUCAAGCAGCUAUUCUUCAAAUUCCCAUUAUAGAAAAUGAAAAAAUGGGACUUUUGAAAUUAUUAAAUUCAGUGCGGCCAUUGGGUUUUUUAAUAGUUGAAGUUGCUGAACUUUGUCAGUGUAAUGGAUUGGAAAAAACUUCAUUAGGCGAAGGUUUAGGAAUACUCACUCAUAUUUACGAACAAGUUACAAUGGUUACUAAACCAAAUGUGGCCUUAAUAUUUUACUCUAUAUUAAAAUCAUGUUGUGAAGUAUAUUUUCGAUUCUUGAGAAAAUGGAUAUUUGAAGGAAUAUGCGAAGAUGUUUACGGGGAGUUUAUGAUUAGAGUGAAACCUCAUUAUGUACGAUUGAAAGAUCGCAAAUUUUGGACAAGAGCCUUUACAAUUAAUACUCAAUCUGUGCCAGGAUUUCUUCGAAAUUAUGCAGAUUCAAUUUUAGAAUGUGGAAAAACUAUACGACUCUUAAAGAUUUGUGAUCCAAAGAAUGCCGUUUGUCUUGUGUCAUCAACUUGUCAACCAUCGGUGAGAGUUUGUCUCAGCACAAAAAUGUUACAGGAGCAAUAUAAAUUUUGUCAUAUAUACAGACAAAAAGGUGAAGAAGCAUUAGGUUCAGUUGUUUCUUUGUAUUCUGCAUUUCAAGAACGUAUCAAAGAGGAAAAAAGACGAGCAAAACUUGUUAUGGAUGCUCAGCAAGGAACUCUCUUGAGACUUAAAAAGGAAAAAGAGGAACGUUUAAAGAUGGUCGAAAAAGAGAAGCAUGAGUAUUUGAAAAAAUUGAAAAUUCAAGCAGAGGAAGCGGCUUUACGAAAAGAACAGGAUAAAAAUGCAGAAUUAUUAGCAGAUAAAAUCUUUCUUGAAAAUUUAACACGAGAAGAAGAGGAAGCUAAGAAUCUUGAAAGGGAGGAAAAAGCAAAAACUUUAAAAUAUUACAAUGAAUUGGCAGUCGAAGUUAAAAAACAAAGAGCUCGAACUGAAUGGCGUUUAAAAAGAAUGAAUUUAUUUGAUGAAAGAGCUGAAUUUAUAUUAAAUUUAGAAAAAGAAAUAUGUUCAUCAAAUGAUGAAGUAAAUUCUUCUCCAAGUGUCGAGCAAGAGAAGAAAGAAGUUGAUAAUUCAGAAAAGGUUCAUGAAAUCAGUGAACCAAAUAAUGAACCUGAAUGUUUAGAUGAAAAAUUAGAAUCAGUAGAAAUAAAUACUGAUAAAGAUGAAAAUGUGAUAAAAUCAAUACAACAGGAAGCGCACAAAGAUGAAAAUUGUAAUGUAAAUGAGAGUGAAUCAAUUUUAGAAGUUGAAAAUACAAAUCUUGCACAAAAUAUAGAAGAAUGUGAAAAAAAGAAACCAAUUAGACCCACUGUUCUCGAUAUAAAAACGAAUAAUGAUCCAAAAAGUGAUGAUUUUUUCAAUAUAAUAAAUCCACAAACUGAAUCAAUAUCAAUUAUUAAUUCCGAUUUAAUUCAAUCAAAAACAAACUUUUCAACAAAAAUUACCGAAUCCAAAACUGAUAAAUCGAAAUAUUUAGAAUUAAGAGAAAUAGCCAUGUCCGAAGCACAAAGAAAUAAAAUGCGUGUAAUGCAACAUGAAUUUGGCCUAAUAACACCAAAUAAUAAUGAAUCACUAAUUGAUUUUACAGUUGAGGAAAAUAUUAAUGCCAAUUUUAUUCCUUCAUUAACUGAAUUACAAAUGAAUCGUUUGCGAAAUACACAACAUCAAAUGGAGAAUUGGGAUCCUUUACAAAUAUCAAAAAUUCCCGAAAUUACCACAGAAAAUAUGACCGAAAUACAAAGAAAUCGAUUGAGAAAUACAAUUCACAGAACAGAACAAGGAAUAAUAGAGAAACCAAAAAAAACUGUAACAUUAACAAUAGAUCAAGAGCAAAUUGAAGAAGUCAAAGAAUUAGGAUUUCAAACACCAAUGUCAUCGGCAACGGAUUAUUUCACUUCAUCAAUGAAUAGUAGUUCAAUACAAAUGCAAAGUUGUGAAAAUACACCAUUCUCAGAAAUUAGUAGUACCGAUAUUCAAAUUCCAACGGCUUCUGAUGAAAUUAUCGAUAAUUCAAAAUUAAUAACUGAAUCAAGAUUUGAUCAUAUUCAGGGAAAAAUUAAACAUCCAGAUUUUAUUGGUUUUAAUACGGAUGCAAUAACUCCAUCUUUUGAAUCAUCAUUGACUGUUGUUGAUGUUGAAAUGCUUGAUACAACAUCAUUAUCAGUUUAUCUUGAAAAAUCAAUUAUGAUUCCACUUCAAAUUCAAUGUAAACUUGUUAAUAAUGCAAUGGUUAAAUAUCUUCUUCAUGAGCACAAUAUUAUUUCACAUCUUCAUAGUCUAAGGGAUUAUUUCUUUUUAUUAAAUGGAGAAUUUGCAAAAAGUUUAACACGCUCUUUAUUUACAAAAUUGUACGAUGCUGCAAAUCCAUUUGAACUUUUUAAUUCAGCAACAUUGAAAACAAUUUUAGAUAGGGCAAUUGUUAGUUCAUUGAGUAGUACUUAUGCAAAUUCAGAACUAUUGAGUCUUUCGGCAACUGGAUUACCAAAUCAUCUACAGGUAUCAAAUCCAGAGGCGUUAGAUUGUCUUAUAUUAAAUUACAAAACUUCCUGGCCGCUUAAUAUAAUUUUCGACGAUGUUGUUAUGCUUCAGUAUACCAAAGUUUUUAAAUUUUUACUCAUGGUUGGAAGAGUUUUAUGGGUUUUGGAGGAGGAUUUUCAUAUUCUAAAGACGGAAAAUCAAGCUGCUACUUCGGAACAAUAUCAUAAGAUUCAUCUCUAUAGACAUUCCAUGAUGCAAUUUAUAAAUGCUUUACACACUUAUUUAACGUGCAGUGUUUUACACGCGAGUUGGACUGAAUUUGAAAAAGAUUUGGAACACGCAACAACAGUUGAUGAAGUUUAUUCAACUCACGUUGUUUAUAUAAAGAAAAUCUUAUCAAGAUGUAUGUUGUAUAAAAAGGAUCAAAGAAUGCAAGAGUGCUUAAGAAAUGUUUUUAUAGUUGUAUUAAAAUUUCACAAUCAGAUACGUUCGCAAAAAUGGAUUCGUAAUUCAACAGGUUACGUACAUCCUAAUUAUAAUAAAAUUGAAAAUAUGUAUAAGUCAUUUUGCAAAUUAAGAGCAUAUAUGGCACAUGUUGCCAAUAAAUUGGCCAACAGUGGAUAUCAACCACAUCUUACGCAUUUUCUACAUGCACUUAAUAUAAAUUCUCUUUAUGAUAUAUCGUCAUCAAAUAAUGAGUAAAUUUGUUAGCUUUUUUUUUUUUUUUUUUGAUUAAUAAGACAACAAAAGAAAUUCAGGCUGUGUAAAAUGUAUAUUAUAAAAGUAUAUAUGAAAAGAGAUAACAUUGAUAGAAAAAUAUUUAUGAAAGAAAACAUUAAUUUCUUGAUAAUGAGACACAAAUGAAUCGCAUAAAGUUUUUUGUUUAGAGAAGAAAUAUUAAUGUUUUUAAGUUUCGCCACUCUAAAGAUAUACAUUGCAGUUAUACUUAUAAUAUACAAAUUCGAAUUUUGUUAAAUAUUUUUAAUAUUAAUACUUAUUAAUUCUAAAUUGUAAAUUAAUUUAUUUUCUAUUAAUUAUAAGCUUCCUAAUUCAUUGAUUUCAUAAUUUUUUUUUUCUUGUUAAAUUUUGAAUGUAAAAAAAAAUUUACGAACAAAUAAAUAUUUUAUUUCUA